CACAGUCCUCAGUUCCUCUUCCUCCCUAAGCUCGGAGCAUCAUGAGCGACUCUAGCUCCCACGGCGAUGGCGGCGGCGACACGAGGAGCGAGCCUCAGUUUGAGGUACUCAACACCGGGCUUCAUCGUAACAACGGAGACGUGAUUAAGUUUUCACUGCCAGCACAAGAACACCCUGAACUUAAUGGUGCCCUCUCCAGCAACCUCCGAACGCAUACAAGAGAUCCAGGAAAUGGCGACGUCCAUGUAGGUCCGGGCUAUUUGAUGAAAAUGUUGGAGCAGUUGUGCAGCGCAGCUCCUGCAGAACACGGUGACUCGAAGCACCAGCAACCCAUCAUGUACGUUGUUCCCGAGGAACUUAAAAACAUGGAUCAUAACCCCGGCGGAGAAUAUGAACCGGUUGCUGUUCGUCUGGGCGGGCCCAAGAUUUAUCGUCGGUGGGCAAUUCAGGACAGGGAAAGCUUGCUGAAGAUGGAAGGAUACAAAUGGAGCUGUGUGCGGCAGCUCAUCACCCGACACAAGAGCCUCUUGGAACCUGCCAGGACUCUGGUGCUACUGGACGGAUGUUUAACGAGCAUGAAACGCCGCAUGCCUCGAAUUCGGGCUUCCUACUCUCAACCCAACCUCCAAGAAAAUAAGGUGGCAGAGAUGAUGCUGCUCGACGGCUCCUUCAUCCUACAUCGCUUGCUCAAAUACGCGCGCCUCGCGAAAAUGGAAGAGGCUGGUUUAGGGUUCGACGAGGAGGAAGACGAUGAGGACUGGACUCAGGUCUACGGCAGGUGCUUUGUGUGGCAGUUCGUGACACACGACUUGCUGCUGCUGGAGAACCAGAUACCGUUCUUCGUGGUCCGGGAGCUCUUUCAGCAGCUGAGGAACGAGGACGAGCCCGAAGAGCUCCUCGUGACCGGCAGCCUCAGACUUUUCCGGCCUCUUCGUCCCCAAAGGCUGCACCGCUCACCCAUUGCUUGCGAUGACGUGCACCACCUGCUGCACCUCUUCUACCUCUCCGUCACCUUACCGGCGACGAGUGAGCGCCAGCAACAUUCUCGCCGCCGCCGAAGCGACGAGCUGCUCUCGGAGCUCCCACAGUGGAUCCCGUGCGCCAAGGAGCUUGAGGAGGCAGGGGUCCGGUUCCGGAAGAGAAAGAACGCUACGAGCUUCAUGGACGUGAGGUUCGCCCAGGGCGUCCUGGAGAUCCCGCAGCUGGAGCUCAACGACUCGAGCGAGUCGCUGUUCCGGAACCUGAUCGCGUUCGAGCAGACCUAUCCGGACACCCCGCGGGACGUCUCCACCUACGCCGUCUUCAUGGACUGCCUCAUCACCUCGGCGGAGGACAUGAGGAUCCUGGACCUGCACGGCGUCCUCGUCAGCCAUCUCAACAGCAGAAGGGUCGCCUGGCGAUUCUUCAGCGAUGUCGUCGGGCAGGUGCACUGGUCCGCCGACAACUACCUGCUCGGCCUGAUGGAUGCUGUGAAUAGGUACAGGAACCUCAGGCGGCACAAGUGGCGUGCGGCGCUUGCACGCAACUACUUCAGCAAUCCCUGGGUGACCAUGUCGGUGCUUGCGGCCCUGCUCCUGUUAGCCUUUUCCGUGCUGCAGACAUUCUUCGCUGUCUACGCCUACUUCAAGCCUCCCAAGUAAGGGUGUGGCCACUCACCCUGUUGGAUGCAUGGCGCUCUUCAGCUUGAGUCUAGAUGUGUGGUUGCCCAGUUGGUGGUGAGGUCGUGGGAACCCGCGGAGGUGGUGCUCUGCUCCCUAAUGCCCGGGCUGCCAAUCGACAUUGUCCAGUCAGCAGUACUCUGCCUUCCAACGAUACGGUGCCCUUCGAGCCAGGGCGAGAGGAUAGUGGUCCUCUUCAGAGGUAGAAGCGAUUGGUUUGUCGGUCUUGGUAUAUUCUCCAGGAGUAGGCAAGGAGGUGUUGGCUGCCGAUGUUGGUGUCUUGCUGCCCCUCACUCUGCUGCUGGUGUGGCUACUGCUCUUGGUGUAUUGGCCUUGGUGAUUUUGGCUAGGCUCCUAUUACUAUCUUGUGUUUGCCUGGUUCACUACUAGGUUAUAAGCUGCUACAGCUCUCUGUAUCUCUAUAUUUUUGUUGUUUCUUGUUUCUUUACUUUGUAUCUGCUGUGUUGUAAUCAUGGUCGGUUGAUGUUUGUUAAUUCAAACCCGGGUUAGGUUUGAGCUUUUUUAGAGGCUCGGCCGACCGACUAAGUUUUA